CAAAUAGAGACCAUGGUCACAUCAUAUUUCAUAAGAGGCGACCUGUUGCAGUAGUUAUUUGGGAUAAGAGAUUAAUUUUUAAUAGUCGACAAGAGGAGAGGGAAGCGGAGAAGAAGAAGCCAUGGCUGCUGCCCAAAUGAGUUUCGUCUCUUCCUCACUCUCCUUUCCUUCGCAACAACGUCCCUCGCUUCCCACAUUUUGCAGAGGAAAACUCUCAUCAAAAUCGAAUAGCUCAAUUGCGAUCGUAACUAGCUCAACAUAUAGAGCGAGAAAGGCGCGAUAUGUUUCGCAGCGGCCUCUAACCAUUUUAAUGAAUCUUCCUACAGCAAACCCAGAAUGGGCCGCCAACGGGAAAAUUCCAAAAUGGUCAGAGAGCUCUAUAAGAUCUUUCUGUCUAGGAGAGUCGGUAGCUCGCAAGGUGCGUUACCCAAGUCUUGGUACAGAAGCUCUUCUCAUGGGCAUUUUGAUGGAAGGUACAAGUCCUACUGUCAAAUUUCUACGGGCUAAUGGAUUUACUCUUUCUAAAGUUCGGGAGGAAAUGAUAAGUUUGAUUGGACUGCCUAGUAUAUGGGAUACUAAAGUUGAAGCGGAAAUACCAGUAUCUGAAGAUGCACAGAAGGCAUUAGAUUUGGCUGUUGAGGAGAAGAUAAAAUUGGGGCAAAGCGAUGAGGUGACAAGUAGUCACAUGUUACUUGGAAUUUGGGCUCAAAAAGGCUGCACGGGUCAACAAAUACUGGCUAAUCUUGGCUUUGAUGAACAGAAGGCCAAGGAACUUUCUCAGAUAAACGAAAUGGUGAGAACAAAAUAAAAAAGCUCCUUUCCCCCUACAGUAUCCAUUUUGGGUCACAAGGAAUAGGAAGGUCUAUGCAUGCACAUUUUGGUUUGUAGUCUUGAUCUUGAGUAGAAUUCAACAUUCUUCCAAUAUUCACAGUUGCUGAUCCAAGCUGAAAGUAAUGUAAAGUGUGUUCUAUCCCUUAAAAUGAAAAUUUGGCUUCGAGAAAUACAUGGAACAACAUUGCUCGUAUGGCUGCUGCCAAUAAAAUCAAAGCGUUUUGCAUUACUUCAUAUUUAGACAAAUGAUCAGGCAAAGCUUAAUUGUGGUAAUCAUAUGUUUGCGAAGUCAGUCACAAUAAAUAUAUUCGAACACAUACAAAGUAAAACGGGAGAUACUACUAUUUUUGUUACUCGAGACUUUCAUGAAACUAGGAUAAAAGCAUAUGUAUAUAGGCAAUAGCUUUUUUAUGAAAUCCAUUGGGUAAGAGCAUUUAUAUGGUUUUUGGUAGCUAA